AUGGAAGGAUGGGGUAUUUCUAAGCCCCCUUCGAUUAAAGAGAGCUUGAAGCGCCGCAUGCGGAGCGGCUACUGCAGCAGCUGCUGCAGCUGCAGCAGCAGCAGCAACGGCAGCAGCAGCAGCGGCAGCUGCAAAGGUGAUUCCGAGGUUGGCUGCCCUUCUUCUCUCAAACUUGGGGAGUGUAUAACCUGCAACAAAUCGGAGAGGCUGCACUCGAGAUUGUUUGCUGCAACAGCAACAGCAGAACCACCAGCAGGAGCAGCAGGAGCAGCAGCAACAACAACAGCAGCAGCAGCAGCAGAAGGCACAGCUGGACAUGUGCAGGCUCGUAUUCGCCCUCUCUCUCGCAUUCACUCGCAGCAGCAGCAGCAGCAGCAACAGCAGCAGCAGCGGAAGGCCUUAGUGAAUGGAUUGAAGAGAGAGUUGCGAAGCUGUAUACAGCGUCUUCGCUGUUGUUUAUCAUCUCUUUUGCGUCUGCUGCAUCUAUGUUGUUUGCUGCUAACCCCUCUAAUUAUUUGUUUGCUGCUGUGGGGACCCGCAUUAUUUGCUGCUCUGCCGAUUACCGCUCGGCAGCUGUCUUUGCUGCUGUUUCCUGGUUUGAAAGUUGUCGCAUCCUCUUCUUCAUCUGCUGCUUCUUUUUCUUCAUUUGCUUCUCCUUCAUCUCCUUCUGAUGCUUCAUUUGAUGUUUUAUCUCUGCUCAAAUCCUUCGUACCAUUUACUCACCAGCAGCAGCAGCAGCAGCAGCAGCAGCAGCAGCAGCAGCAGCAGUUGCUGGGGAACGCGGCGGAUUUGUGCAUGCAGCAGCAGAUAGCAGCAGCAGCAGAAGCAGGUGAUACAUCUCCCUCAGCAGCAGCAGCAGCAGCAGCAGCAAACUGCCCGUUGCCUUCUGUUGAAGAGUUAAAAGCAGAGUUUAGAACUCUGCUAUCUCCGCCUCUUGCUGCUCCUGCUGCUCUGCUGCAGCACGCAGAGGAGUUCAAGCAGCAAAUAGAAGAAGUAAUAGACGGGGUGUAUAUAGCAGUCGGCUUUGCUUUAUCAAAUACAAUUAUUAUACAAGCUAAGGCCGGUGUUAUUAUCGUAGACACUACAGAAAACCCUCAAACUAUGAAAACUAUCUUUAACCAGUGGAGAGCUAUGGCCAAACAAAAACGCAAAAAACUUCUGCUGCAGCAGAAGCAACAGCAGCAGCAGCAGCAGCAGCAGGGAGAGCAACAGCAGCAGCAGCAGCAGCAGCAGCAGGGAGAGCAGCAGCAGGGAGCCGAGGCAGGCGCAACGCAGCAGCAGCAACAGCUUGAGCAGCAGCAUCAACCUUUCGCGGAUCAGCAGCAGCAACAACAGCAGCAACAACAGCAGCAGCAGGAGCAGCAGCAGCAGGAGCAGCAGCAGCAGCAGCAGCAGGUCGAAGAUGAAGAUUUGGAGAACAUAGAAAUAGAAGACAGGGUUUUAGCGAUAAUAUAUACACAUUAUCAUACAGACCACACAUACGCGAGGAAUUGGCUGCUGACGGCAGCACUCGAGACUGAAGGUGUGCUGCAGUUGUCUCUGGGGGAGCAGCAGAAGAAGCAUUUGCUGCAGCAGCUGUCGCUGCAGCAGAUAUUUGAUUUGCUGCCUGUAAGACUAAACCCAGAAGCAGCAGCAGAUCUAGAGGCCCUAGUUCUAUUUAAAUUUGCUGCUGAGCCGCAGCAGAAGCAGCAAAAGCAGCAGCAGCAGCAGCAGCAGCAGCAAAAACAACACCAACAGCAGUCCAACGACGAUUCAGCAGAACCCCAACAGGAGCAGGAGCAGCAGCAACAGCAGCAAAAAGAGCAGCAGGAGCAGCAACAGCAGCAGCAGCAGCAGGAGCAGCAGCAGCGGCAGCAGCAGCAGGAAGAAGAGCACUGCGUGCACUUUAGAAGAGGGAUAGUAUACACCCGAGCUGUCUGUGAAAGGACACCUGAUGUAAUUGUGCAUACAAGUGCAGCGACCUGGAAAGGCAUUGUCUCAAGAAGCAUACGAGUUGCUGCUGCAGCAGCAAAGGGGGAUAUUAGGGUUCAAGGCAACCUUAUGCUGCUAGUUCAGUGUCUUGCUGCUGUUGAAUUAGAUUCUGAUUAA